GAAGGUUUAUCCCUGGGUGUUAUACUCUUGCGGUCUCCGAGGAACUUCCAGAAGAAUAUCAGAAUAUCUGUGCGGAUAACAACGUGCAAUAUGUUCCCCCAAAACGUACCUGAACUGUAAGCUUUUCUACCUUGGUUACAUUUGAAACUGUUGAAAUGAGCCUGGAACGAGUUCAUUUGCCUACUUAUCCCAUCAUUCAGGAUCCAAGCAGAAUUUUGUUCAUAUAACAAGAAUUAUGACUGUAAUUCCUCUUGAAAAAUUUAUAUUGGAUGUAAUCUUUAGUUAGACAGAAUUGGUCAUUUUGUUUAGUUCCAAUUAGUCAUGAUACAUGGUAGAAUUAUUAACUGGGAAUGUUGUCACCCAAAUUAUUUUGCAUUUGCUAUUCUUCCUACUAACAUCAGGAAUCUCAAAAGUUUUACAUUUAUUUUACUCUAUGUUGCUAUUUUAUCCAAAGAACCAACCCUUUAAUUA